AUGUCUUCUCAUAAGACUUUUAGGAUCAAGCUACUCCUGGCCAAAAGACAAAAGCAGAAUGGUCCCAUUCCGCAGGAGAUUCAGAUGAAAACUGACCAUGAGCUCAGGUACAACUCCACAAAGAGUCACUGGACAAAAUCAGAGCUGGGUCUAUAA